AACCCAGGAGCAGUAUUCACCUGGGGGUUGGAAGGCUUCCCCAAGUGCUGCUCUGAUGCCUGAGAAGCUGGUGUGGGCUUUUUUUGACAACACGCUCUGGCUCUGGGGCCAACCUGUGCGCCCCGCCCAGCCCGGCAGCUGCAGACUCUCGCAGGCAGGAGCUGGUGCGCCCCAUCGGUGAAGGCGGCGCCGUCACCGCGGGUCCUGAUGCUCGGGCCAGUGGGAUGCGCAGCGAACCCGCAUUCGCGCGGAUUUUGAAGCCGCGUUGCACACCCGGAGCGCGGCUGGCCCGCCGUGAACCCGCCGUGAACACACUGCCCGGAACCCCGAGCCGUUGAUCCUGGGUCUGGGGAGCAGGUCGCUGAGAGUGCCAGUGACUUUGGCUUUGGCUGGAUGUCUCCUGACCCACGUCACCAGCCUGACAGCCUCGCACCAAAUCAGAGGGCGGCGCUCGUCACCGGGAGCUCCUGCAGAUUAGAACUCGCCUCUCCUAGCUCCUCCCCUCAGUCCCAUUUAAAGCUACCACCCGCUUAUCCGAAAAUUAAGAGUGGGCUCAGUUUCCUCAGCGCUUUCUUCCAGGGCAAGAUGAACACCGUUCUGCCUUGCCAAGACCAGUACUUUGUAGGAGGCCAGAGCUAUAAUUGUCCGUAUUCCGCUACAACGUCAGAAUCUAGUGUUGACGUUUCCACGGAGACUUGGGUCUCUUUCUGGGCUGCUGGUCUCCUGGACAACAGAGAGCCCCAACAGGCACCACAGGCACAGGAACCAUCAGGUGACUUGAAUUUCCCUGUUCCUAAUUUGUGUUCAUGGGAAGAGGCUCAGCUUUCCUCUCAGCUCUACAGAAAUAAGCAGCUCCAAGAUACUUUGGUACAGAAGGAAGAAGAACUUGCUAGGUUACAUGAAGAGAAUAAUCAUCUCAGACAAUACCUGAAUUCUGCUCUAGUCAAAUGUCUUGAGGAAAAAGCCAAGAAAUUGCUGUCAUCAGAUGAGUUCUCCAAAGCAUGUAGAAAAUUCAGAAAGGGGAAGAGGAAACCCAAAGAGCAAAGAUAUUUUCCUCCUGAGAUUCCCCAUCAUAAAAAUGCCAAGAGAAGCCUUGCUAGUGAAUUUGCUAACUGUGGACAACAUGGACCCCCUGUGGAUCCCUGGGUUCUUCAGACACUGGGGUUAAAAGACCUCAACACCAUUGAUGACACCUCAUCAGCUAACUACAGUGCCCUCUCGUCUCAUGCCAGACAGACCACUAGCACAUUUCCCCAGUUUCUGGAUGAGGCAAUUGAUUAUCCCAAUGCCCCUGGGGAAGAUCUGCCAAUUGACUAUGGAGGUGAUAGAACUACCCCCUUGCCAGGCACUGCCAGCCACAGUGAAGAUUUUCACUUCCUUUCUCAACUUUCAAAUCCUCCAGGAGGACUACAAGCUCUUCCUUACUAUUCUUCUGAUGUGUCACCCAAUAAGACAGAGAUGGCCUUUUCCACAUCCUUGAGCCCUCACUGUAAUGUGAAAACGCACUCCUUCCACCAGGGACAAGCCUUUGUUCGUCGAGAUGAAGAGGGAGGCUGGAAGUUUACCUGGGUCCCUAAGCAGUCUUAGUGACCCCCUCUUCUAUCACAAAGGACUGCCAUGAACUCUGUUUACAAGACCCCUCUUGCACUUGAACCUGACUAUGUGGAAAACACAAGCUAUUGCCCAGACAGUCUCCUGCCACUUUAAUGUCACUCUGAAUUACCCACUUAAAUCUGCAGGGAAUGGCUUCCAAGAAUCCAUAAUGAAACAUGCCUGCUCUUCUUUCACCUAAAUUUGACUUGUUUACACACUGUUGACUUCCUCCCUUGGCCUUUUACUUGAAAAGGUAUUUUCCAAAUGCCUGAAUAUCCCUUUGAGACUGAAAUGUGCUGUUCCAAUUAUAACAAGUCUAACAGCUUUUCUUCUUUCAUCAAGCAGUUUAAAUGUUCGCAGCCUUCACCUUCUCAGUUUUAUUUCUCUUCUGUUCCUCUUCAUUUCUAAAAACUGCUUUUGAAAUGAGCAUUUUAAUUGCUCGAAGUACCUGCUAUUAGGUGUUCAAAUAUCUGAGGGUGGGGUUGAAACAAGUAUCUUUGCCCAUCGUUGUUCCUGAAGACAUAAUAUAGGUAUAAGUAACGUUAUAUGAGACAGUUUGUUGAGUGUCCCAUGGUGGAAUUGACAUAUUCUUCAAAUACUAUAACUCUACUAAUAAGCAACAA